AUGAAGAGAACAUCUGAGGGUUCACAGGAGGCAAUUUUUCUAAAAAAGCAUAAAAAGCAAAUUGUCAAUCCAAUUGAUGAUGAUGGUGUGUCUAAUUGUAUAGUCCGUGUUCCAGUCUCGUUAUACGCUUCAUUAGCACCAAUGUAUCUUCAAAAUCCAGUGCAAGGGAUAAUGAAACAACAUCUAAACCCUAUGGUUAUGAAAUAUAAUAGUAUAGUGGGUGGUGUCGUUCUAGGGUAUGAGAAUUUAAAGAUAGUUGAUUCCGAUCCCUCUAAUGAUGAAAACUCUAGUGAAAAGCUUGUCAAGCUAACCCCUGAUACACCUUUUGGGUUUACAUGGUGCGAUGUGGAACUAUACGUUUGGCAACCCCAGGUUGGAGAUGUCUUAGAAGGUUACAUCUUUAUUCAAUCAGCUUCUCAUAUUGGGUUAUUAAUCCAUGACGCUUUUAAUGCCAGUAUCAAGAAGAAUAAUAUUCCUACGGAUUGGACUUUCAUUGAAAAUGAAGCAGAAUAUAUAGAUGAGGAUACCGAAAGUGGUGAUAGUCGAACUGAUGGUUCAAACGAGGAGACCAACAACCGUUCCGAAACCAAAUCAUUUGUGAAUCGUUCCUUGGGAUAUUGGGUUGAUGCCAAUGGUAGUCGUAUCGAUGGGAAACUAAAAUUUAAAGUAAGAAAUGUAUUUACAACAGGAAGAGUAGUUUCAGUAGAAGGUACCUUACAGGAACACGCCCCAGCUUCAUCUAAUCAAGUUCGUUCGCAAGCCGAAAACUUACCAGUUGUAUCUAAUAAAAAGAUUGUCUUUGAUGAAGAAGUGGAGGAAGAAAACAAAGAAAGUCACAAGGAACUUGAACUAUCCGAUGUCAAGGAAGAUAAUGGGUCGGCAAUUGUCUAUGAACAAAACUCAAGUGAUAGCAGCGACGAAAAUUCCAGUGACAGUGACUGA